AUGCUGGCAACAAGUGCGAUCGCGAUCUUUCUGAUCGCAUGGAGCGCCGUAUUCCUGAUCGAUUACGUGCUCCGAGUCGCCCACUUCGAGCCGUACCUCCGUCUUUCGCACCGAUUCGGCAUCGAAGUGACGCCGUUUCAGCUGAGAUUCUACGUGACUCCGCACCAUGUUCACACCGAUAUUCACAAAGAAUCUCUGCUCAAAGAGACCGGCGACACCAAGAAGAAUGGUGAGGAGAACUGUGGCACGAAAACCGAAAUGUGUGGGUUUCAGACAUUUUCUUCGAAGAAUCGCGGCGUACGAAGUGCAAAUCGCUUCUGAUCCGCAUCUGGUUCGCCCUCGGAGUGUUCGCCUCGAUAGUGUGCCUCUUCGGAAUGACCGUCUACAUGUCCCAUCUGCUGAUGCGAGACGUCGGACAGUGGAUGUCGACCCGGCCGAAAGUGGCCGCCUACCGAGGAAUGGAGUAUCGGUCGAUGCACAAUGUGCUCUCUUUAGGGCCGCCCAGUCCGACGGCAGAAGGCGUCAAGACGACGACGACGCCCGAAAUGCACAAUCCGGUGAUUGUGGACGAGGAGUACGACAUGAUCGAGGACGGACAGAAGGAGUCACGCGGUCUCGUGCCGAUCAUCCCCGGCUUUAACCUUCCAUGGAGCCAUAUUCCCAUCUUCAUGAUCGUUCUCGUCGUCGCCGCGGUGUUCCACGAGCUCGGGCACGCCUGGGCGGCCAUCUCGAACGGCGUCACCGUCAACGGCUUCGGCAUCUUCAUCCUCGCCGUCUACCCCGGCGCCUUCACCGACAUCGAACCCACUUCCCUCAAACGCUCCUCCCCGUUUCGUCGUCUUCAGAUCUUCGGAGCCGGCAUCUGGCACAAUCUUCUCCUGGCUCUUUUAGCAAUGGGAAUGUUCCACGUGGCGCCUGUCCUGUUGACUCCGGUACUGGCGGAAGGGAACGGAAUAUCCGUGAAGGGGGUGGAUGUCAGAUCGGGACUCUCCAGUCCUCGUACAGGGCUUCUCGCCGGAGACGUCGUCGUGAGCGUCGAUGAGUGCCACGUGGCCACUGCAGCCGACUGGUGGCGGUGCAUUCGGGCGGCACGCAAUCUGCACAACGGACGGUGCGUCGAUCGAGAGGCUGUCGAAGCGGCGACCGCUUUCAAUGUAAGCACAUUAGUGAAUUUAGGAACAAAUUGCAAAAAGCGAAAUUUCAGACACGAACAGAAGCUGACGAGAUUCUGUGCUGCGACGAGUUCAAUGUGACGACCGCGCACGUCUGUUUCGAAAGAGAGGAGAGAGUGCCGAACGUGGAGACGCAGACGCGGGCGCCACAAUUGAAUAUGCUGCUGGGAUUGGAGGAGGGACGGAGGGAGGCGCCGGCCGAGAAAGAGCAGGAGACAGUGACGAAGUACAGUUGUCUGCACGCGAGACACGUCGUCGAGCAGGCCGUCUGCAACGUCAGCAAUCCGUGCGAAUUGGAUGAGAGCAAGGAGAAAGUGUGCGUUUAUCCGGCACUCCACAACGGAACGCAUCUCGUCAAAAUCGGACUGUCCAACCGGCAGAAGCCAAUUCUCUUUGUCGGGCAGCUCAAUGAGGUCUGAGCAUGUUCUAAUCUGGUGGCCGUGGCUUAACUUCUCCUCUUUUCAGAUGCUCGAGAUGGUCUCCAUUUCCCCGCUGACUCCGCGCUUCUCAUUUGCCCACAUCUCGUGGCUUGAGCACCUCGAGCUCACCGCCAAAUACCUUUUCACCCUCUCGCUUGCCCUCGGACUCUUCAACGCAAUGCCCGUUUAUGCGCUAGACGGACAGUUCAUUGUGCAGACCCUUUUGAAGUGCACCGGAAUGAGCAUCAGGUAGCAUCAGGUGAUCCUCUGUUUCGGCGCUAACGGUUCCGUUUCAGACGCCGCGACCUGUUCCAAUACGUGAUUUUGAUGUUCGGCACCGGCAUUCUAAUCCUCAACAUUCUCAUUGGUUUCAUCAAAUUAGCCAUCAACUAG